ACAUGUGAUAGCAACAAAAAUGAGGCUGAGAACGCGGAAAGCGUCUCAGCAGUCAAAUCAGAGUUACACGCAGCGUACACUGAGGGUGAAGAGGAAAUACUCAGAGGUCGAGGAAAGCUUACCUGUUGGAGGAGGAAAACCACAGAAGAACGAAACGGGCUUAUUGUCUUCAAUCAAAAAGUUCAUUAAAGGGAGCACCCCCAAGGAUGAAAGAGAACAUCCAGCAAAGAGAAGUCGCAUUGAACGUGAUAUAGAUGACAACUUGAUUAGUUCUACUCCUCGAACAGGAGAGAAACCUAACAAACAGAUCUCCCGAGUGAGGCGGAAAAGUCAAGUGAAUGGAGAAGCUGGAAAUUAUGAAAUGACAAACCAGCAUGUUCGGCAAAAUGGAAAAUUGGAAGAUAAUCCCCCCACCGGCAGCCCCCCACGAACUACUUUACUGGGGACCAUAUUUUCUCCUGUCUUCAAUUUUUUCUCACCAGCAAAUAAAAAUGGAACAGCUGGCUCGGAUUCUCCAGGGCAAGCUGUGGAAGCGGAAGAAAUCGUGAAACAGCUCGAUAUGGAACAGGUCGAUGAGAUCAUCACCAGCACUGCCACCUCGGCCAAUGGAGCAUCUUACGCCAGUCAAGCAGUGCAGGUCAGAUCAGCAAUCAACAACGGCUUGGAGGAAGUGGAGGAUGUUCCUGAUCGUGAUCUGCCUCCUCUCACUGCACCAGUAUCUCCGGACAGUGGUUAUUCGUCAGCUCAUGCUGAAGCCACCUAUGAAGAAGACUGGGAAGUCUUCGAUCCCUACUAUUUCAUCAAACACGUUCCACCGCUAACCGAAGAACAACUUAAUCGGAAGCCUGCCCUUCCACUGAAAACCAGGAGCACACCAGAAUUCUCCUUAGUUCUAGACUUGGAUGAAACAUUAGUCCAUUGUAGUCUAAAUGAACUGGAAGAUGCUGCACUCACCUUUCCAGUCCUUUUCCAAGAUGUAAUUUACCAGGUUUAUGUGCGGUUAAGACCGUUCUUCAGAGAAUUCUUAGAGCGCAUGUCACAGAUCUAUGAGAUCAUUCUUUUUACUGCUUCAAAGAAGGUGUAUGCAGACAAGUUAUUGAACAUACUAGAUCCUAAAAAGCAACUGGUCAGGCAUCGACUUUUCCGUGAGCACUGCGUUUGUGUCCAAGGAAACUACAUAAAGGAUUUAAACAUCCUUGGUAGAGAUCUCUCGAAAACGAUCAUUAUUGACAAUUCACCACAAGCCUUUGCCUAUCAGCUUUCAAAUGGAAUUCCUAUAGAGAGCUGGUUCAUGGAUAAAAAUGAUAAUGAACUCCUGAAAUUGAUUCCUUUUCUGGAGAAACUUGUAGAGCUGAAUGAAGAUGUUCGACCUCACAUCAGAGACAGAUUUCGUUUGCACGACUUACUACCCCCUGACUAAACACCACGCCUUUGUCAGAUGACUGAAGGGGGGGAAAAUGCAGGAAACUUCCCACUCCCCUUUUGGACUGAAACGAAAAACAUCGCCGUUACUGUUGAAAUUUUUUGCAUUUUUGUACCCCGUCUCGCUUUUCUUAUCUCUGACGCCCAAUAAUAAUCAAGGGUCACAGAAGGACUUUAUAUAUCGCCAAUGGAAUACAGAUUAGUACAAUACAGCAGGUAGGCUAGAACAGAAGCGUCUUUAGAACUAGUGAAGCUCCAAUUCUUUCUUUUUUAAUGUACAGGACAUCUGCCGUUUUUAAAGAAUUCUGUUUCUGCCACCAGCAGUUUGACCUGUAAAAAAACAGGAUUUUAUGAAUAACAGAGAUUGAAAAUGGACUCUUUGUUUUCUCUCUGUUUGGUGCUCUCUAAGUGGGUUUGUAGCCACUUUUGUGUUACUUUUCAGAUCCUCAUUUCAACAGGAAUGGCCAGUAAACGUUGGGUUGGGUUUUUUUCCCCCUGUUAAGGUUUAUAACCUUUUUACAUUUUUGACCUGUAUUAGAUUUUAGAAAUUCAUUAUGCAUUCCUUUUAGUUGAGGCGGCUUCAUAGUUAUUUUUUCUGGAAAUAGCCAAAUUUUACUAGGUUUUUUUAUAUGAUUGGAUGGCCAUUUUCCUGCUUUGUCUGCCUGCAUACUGUAUAUUUGUUUAAAUAUAUUAUCUAGUUUUAUUCCAUGUAAGUUUCAUUUAGAAAUCUGCGUUUAUAUAUUAUUUUGUUUUUGUUUCUGUAAUAUUCUACUGUAGUAGAAACCUUUUCAAAAAUCAAGAGACUGGCUAGAUAAGAAGAAAUAUAAGAAUUACUAAUAUUCAGAAUAUUUAAACCAUUGUGAUGGCGUGUACUCUGGACAG